AUGAAAGACAAGGAUUUUAGCCCACGAAUAGCUGAUGAUGGAUUUAGCCAUCCGACGAAUGGACUUCCAGUUGAUGCUCUUGACUUGUCUUGCAAAGCAUACAAAGACUGUCUCAAAUGUGCUAGUGACAUCUACGGUGAAUUAUGUAAACCUGAACUGGAAUAUUACAACUUCCGAAGCUUCCUGAGCUUCGCCUUGAGAGCACAAGAAUGCACUGAUUCGGAGGGUACUUGUGCUCGGACUCUCUGCGAAUGCGACGCUAGGUUUGCAAAGGCUCAUGCUGAUGCUGUCGGAGUAUUUAACGAAAAUUACCACAUGUUCUGGUCAACAUCGGGAUGGAACUCUGACAACGAAUGCGUUUCAAGUCCUCCUUCCGUAGGGCUCUGGAGCUUUAAUGGCGUUAAAUCCCGGCGAAAGAAGAGUUGUUGA